GGGAAGACGAUGGGAGAGGAAGAGGAAGAGGAGGAAGACGAAGAAGAAGAAGAGGGCAAAGAAGAGGAGGACGAAGAAGAGGAGGACGAAGAAGAAGAAGACGAAGACGGGGGAGGUUGAUAGGCGAUGGGGGAGUGGGGAGGGCGAUGGGGGAGUGGAGAGCUUGACGGGCGAGGUGGGAAGACGAUGGGAGAGGAAGAGGAAGAGGAAGAGGAGGAAGAUGAAGAAGAAGAAGAAGAAGAAGAAGAAGAAGAGGACGACGAGGACGAGGAUGACGAAGAAGAAGACGACGAGGACGAGGACGAGGAUGAUGAAGAAGAAGACGAAGGGCGAGGGGGGAGUGGAGAGCUUGACGGGCGAGGUGGGAAAACGAUGGGAGAAGAAGAGGAAGACGACGAAGAAGAAGAGGACGACGACGACGAGGACGAGGAAGAAGAAGAAGACGAGGACGAAGAAGACGAAGAAGACGAAGAAGACGAAGAAGAAGAAGAAGAAGAAGAAGAAGAAGAAGAAGAAGAAGAAGAAGACAAGGAAGAACACGACGACGACAAAGAAGAAGAAGACGAGGAAGAAGACGAGGAAGAAGAAGAGGAAGAAGACGAGGAAGAGGAAGAAAACGAGGAGGACGAAGACGAAGACGAAGACGAAGACGAUGAAGACGACGACGACGAAGAAGAAGAAGAAGAAGAAGAAGAAGAAGAAGAAGAAGAAGAAGAAGAGCAACAACAUUAAACCGCUCAUCCCGAAUCCUCUACCGGUACUUAUAGCAGGGGAUUGGAAUACGACCUUGGAUCCCAAUCU